AUGCUUACCUUCGUCUCAACCACUGUACUCAGUGCAACCCUCUUCGCCAGCCUGGGAAGAUCCCUACCAACAAACACCGCGUCGUCCACACCUUCGGGGUCCUACAGCCUGAUAGCUGAUUGGUCCGGUGCCAACUUCUUCGACAACUUCGCCGCCUUCACAGGCGCUGACCCAACCAACGGCAAUGUGAGGUUCGUUUCCAUGGAGGAAGCCGCCUCGAAGGGCUAUACGGGAUUUGUUCACUACUCCGCUACCAACACGAGCAAUGCCUAUAUUGGCGUUGACUACACGAGCAAAUCUGCCAAUCGUGAGUCGGUUCGCUUGACUUCGAAGCAGAAUUUCGAUGCCGGCGUAGUCAUUAUCUCGGAUGUUGUCCAUGCUCCCUCUGCUUACGGCUCAUGGCCUGCUCUCUGGUUGCUGGGUGAUGAGUCCGCGACUGGUAUCUGGCCGGGUAAUGGUGGCGAAUAUGACUACUUUGAGUCUGUUCAUACCACCGACUACAACAGCAUGACCAUGCACACCCAGCCCGGCUGCAGUGUUGAUAACACGACUACUGCUUUUCAAGGUCGGCUCCAGAACGCUGAUUGCAACACUGGGAAAGGCGGCGACGGGUGCUCCAUCCGUGCCCUGAACCAGGACAAGUCUUCCAGCUCCACACUUGCAACAGCAGGUGCAGCCUUCAACAAACAAGGUGGCGGUGUCUAUGCCAAUGUCUGGACAACCCAGGGCGUGGCCACGUACCUCUUCGACCGCAAGAACCUCCCAGCCGAUAUCGUGGCCGGCAAGCCCAACCCAUCAUCCUGGACCUCAACACCACUGGCACGCUUCUCCGGCACAGGCUGCGACUACACGUCCUCCUUGUCAACCCUGGUCCACGUCAUCGACCACACAUUCUGCGGCGACUGGGCAGGUAAAGUCUGGCAAUCUUCCGGUGCGGCCGCUGCCACCAAUACAGCCACCUGCGCCGAGUAUGUCCAGAACAACCCUUCGGCGUUUAAGGAUGCCUACUUCGAGAUCGCUAGUAUCAAGAUCUAUGGUGCUAGUGGGAUCUCUCCUGGUCGUUCGACGUAUGCUAAGCGUGAUGUCGCACCGGCUCCUAUCGCGUACCCGACUAUCGACUUGAGGACGCGCGAUGCUGAGUGUCCGGAUAUGCCGAAUGCGACGGUGACUUCGACUGCUGCUUCUAGCAGUGGGAUGGUUCAUCAUCAUGCUCAUGGGCUGAAUCAUACCCAUUUACACGGUCACCACAACCACACUGCCAACUCGACUAUGAUUCGCACGAGGCUAAUUGAAUCCAGCUUUGAGCUCUGA